AUGUCGUUUGACGAUUUUAUGGACUCCCAAAAGGUGGUCUACGAGCUGAAGCCUGCCGCGCGUGUGGCGGUCCCGGACGGCCCGCUCGUCUAUUACCAGGAAGGCGUGCCGACCGAAUCCACGGUGCCCUUUGUUCGUCUGUUAAACGGUAACGAGCCCAGGGAGAACAUGUACCGUCGGUACGAGCUCUUUGUCAGCAAUUGGGCUAAGCAGUACGACCAGAUCGUCCAGAUUCUCGAGAAAAACGAAAAGAACAUGUUUGUGGAUCUGCAGCGGUACCUUUCGUCAGAUGAAGAUAGCACAGUGUUCAAGGGCCAGCCUAUAAACCUGAGCACUGCCCUCUUGAACCUCGGGCCAAACAUCUCCAACCACUCGCUGCUGCUUCACAAUGUGUGGCAGAAUCUGGUGGACGAAAGUCCGGACGCGAUUGUGGUCCGUUUGAGCAGCAAAGUCUGCAGCACCGUCAGCUUCACCAUGAAGAUCCUAGCCUCAGAUAUCUCGCGCGGGCUCAAGACAGACCUUGGCCGCGCAGCCUCGGUGCCGGUGUCCGACUCGGACGACGACAUGGACAGCGAGCCCGAGGACGAGGAGGGCCAGACGCGAACGAUUGAGAUGGACAGUCUGAUGGAGAAGGUGUUUUCCAGGGAUAAGCGGCUGAUAGUGAUGAUUGAGGACGCCGACUCGUUUCCCACGUCGAUCCUCACGCCUUUGAUCAAGGUGCUAUGGAACUACAACAACCAAUACAGGUCCAAGAUCAAACUGGUGAUCGGAAUGUCCACUCCGUUCGAGAUCUUCCACGAAAAGCUACCAAAACUGACGGUCAGGUACAUGCGGCCCAAAUAUUUCCAGAUCGACAACACGGGCCAGGCAGUGAAUGAGAUCAUGGAAAACGUGCUUCUCAACAUCAACGACACGUACGACUCGCUGAUUCUCGAGCCGCGACUCGUGCUCAAGUUCCUGGAGCUCAAGUCGAAAAUCUCCAUCUCGCAGUUUGUCAACAGCAUGAAAGUCAUCUACAUGAGCCACUACUACAGCCAGCCGCUCAGCGUAAUGUGGACUAACGACUUUUCCAAAAUACAGCUCAACUCGCACCUUUUCGACGUGUUCAAGCGACUCCCGUCUGUUCGCAGGUACGAACAGAGUCUGGACGCCGAACAGGCUGCAAGCCUGCACAAACUUCUAGUGUCGGACAACGAGGCCGCGCUCGGAGACCUGCUGCGUCAGAACCUGAAUAAACUCAUUCACUGGCGCUACAAGAUGAAGACUCUGGUGGAUCUUCUGAAUUUUAUGCAGGAGUACUUUUUAGAAAAAUCCAUCUGGACAGGCAACUUGGAUCUUUUCCGACUGAUUUUCAAGAAUGUGAGUUACGAGGAGGAGCACAGCAAUUUCGAGAACUUCAAUUUCCUCCAGCUUCUUUGGAAGAAAAUCAGAUCGUCCUCGUUGCACGAUAUAAACUCCUUCAUUAAAACUGUGCGCGAGGACGCCGACUUUUGGCCGCUUUUCGCAAAUGACGAUUUCGAAGAGCUGUCCUCUGCGUCGCAGACGAAACGGUUCGUGGCUACGCUGAAUAGAGCACUCCUGCGCUGUCUGGAGGAGCUGAACCUCAACAACAUUCCGUUCAGAGAGAUCUGCUGCGUCGAUCUCUCUGCGCUGGAUCUUCUCACCAACACGUUCAACCCCCAAGUGCGCGCAACGUGUAUCGACUCGCUACUCAACUCCAAAAAUUACCUGCUCAAUACGGUGCAUUCCGACCUGAGCCAGCUGGAUCCGGAAAGUUCCGACAUGAAACUCUACAGGUACCUUGAACCGUCCGUGAUCGAAUUAUAUAAAUUAAGCCGAGAGGCAGGGGUCAUCGCCAACGUCUAUGACUUCUACCAGGUGUUCAAGAACUCGCUGCCGCGCGAGGAGCUCGAAAACGCACUGAGACAGAAGUGUCUGCAACCACAGCUGCCUGCAAAGAUAGACGACCUGACUUGGGACAAGAUGACCCUGAGCUGGUUUCUCAAGAGUCUCGCGGAGCUGCAGACGCUCGGGUUUGUCCGCGAGGUGAAAAACAAGAGCGAAACGCUCGAAAAGCUCAUCUGGAAGGACCUGUGA